AUGUCUUGGCAUUCCUACAACACGAACCCUUCAACUACCCACUGGCAAGGACAGAAUCAAGAACCGGGCGAGGAACUUGAAGCAAGCGGUAGAAUUGCCCCAAACACCGACAAUAUAUCGGAAUAUGUAGAAUCUGAACCAUUAUUCGAGGACCUGGAGCCUUUCACUGCCGAUCACCUACUCGACUUUCUUUCUCGAUACUGUCCACCUACUACAUCUUCAAACCUGGGUAACGCACCUCCAACCCUGAACUUUCAACCAGCCAGUGGAGAAAACAAUCCAAACAACAUUCAAUCAAGCAAUUGCAGCAGCAACCAUAUGAGCAACGAUAGCGAAAUGAUACCCUCCAAGCCACCCUUCCUAUGCCCAUGGCCAAACUGCAAGCGUCGCGAAGAAUUCUCCUGCAAGGCAACUUUGAAACGCCAUUACAAAACUCUGCAUGUUACUCCAGGUUUGUGGGAGUGCGACAAGUGUGCUGAGACCUUCAACCGAAAGGAUAAUUUGAGCCAGCAUCUGCGAUCUGGCGUUCAUGAAGACAAGAAAAAGAGCUGA